GUGUUGAGGGUCUGUGGCAGUAGCAGGCUGUCAGUAGCUGUGGUCGGUAAUUUCAGGCGCGUGUGUGUAAUGAAAGACUGAGAGUAUGAGCUGAAGCUAACUGUUCUCAGGAGUUAAACACGCGCUGCGGAUCCUGAGCUGGCUGAAGUUUAAACAGCGAGUCAUGACCGGGUAGCUGCUGCAGUGAGACCCCCAGCCCAGUGUUCCUCCCCGCGCUGAGCUGUGUUUAUCUCUGUGGCGAGGCAGGGUGCUGGCUAUUAAUUAGGAGAAAUGAGUAAAAGAGAAGGUAACGCAAGCGCCCGGAAACGGAGGCCGGAUUCAGAUCAGAAAACUGAGGAUUUUGUCAGCCAGUCUGCAGUGAUUUCAGCCUUCAGAGUGUUUCAACAAGAACUUGACACCAGGCAUGAUAAAUAUGAGCGCUUGGUCAAAUUAAGUCGAGACAUCACGAUUGAGAGCAAGAGGACAAUAUUCCUGUUACACAGAGUAACCAGUGUACCCAAUGUGGAAGAGGUGUUAAAUGAGGCUGAUAACAAGCUGGAUGGUGUGAGGCAGAAGAUCGGUCAGAUCGCUGAGGAGCUGAGAGGGGAAGAUAUCUACCAGUUCCAUAAAGCCUUUACAUCAGGGGUUCAGGAGUAUGUAGAGGCUGUGUCCUUCCAUCACUUCAUCAGGCAUCGCACCCUGCUCAGUCUGGAGGAGAUCAAUGCUGCUCUUGUUUUCAUCAAAGACGAGACUGUGGUAAUAAAGGCACCCGGUGAGAUUCAAGGAGCAUGUGUGUUGACCUUCCAGGUGACAUCCACUGACUACUUGCUGGGUGUGGCUGAUCUGACAGGUGAGCUGAUGCGUAUGUGCAUCAGCAGUGUUGGAAACGGUGAUAUGGAAACUCCUUUUGAGCUCAGCAACUUUCUGCGGGACAUUCACGAUGGGUUCGCUUAUUUAGGUAAUGUUGGUCCUUAUGAAGUCUCUAAGAAGCUGCAUACUCUUCGUCAGAGCCUCGGUAAAGUGGAGGAUGCCUGUUACAUGCUCAGAGUGCGAGGGUCAGAGAUUCCCAAACACAUGCUAGCUGAUGUUUUCUCCAGCAGGACGGCAGUGAUGGAGCAGGAUGAGGAAGUGGCGUGAAGACUGAGCGAGGCCUUUUGCCUCUCAGAUCUUGCCUGUGUUGGUAGUUUGUUCUUAUAUAGUUUGUGCAUGUUAGCUUGGAAUGUCAAAUUAAGAAUUAGGUUCAGAUGUAUUUUGACUUUUCAAAUAUUGUUUGAUUUAGUGAUAUUAUUGUUUGUUUUCUUAGCAUUUUUUAAACACAAUGAAAGAAGCAGCUCUCUUUUCAACUAAGCUGUCUGCUUCAGCAUUUGGUAAUUGUAUUAAAAUUGCUGUUGAACAUUUUAAUAAAACUUGUUUCUGUUAUAACCAUUCACUUUCUGCUGCUGUUAAGAGUAAACAGACAUUUUUAAAAUGUAUCUUUUUAUUGGGUUUUCCAUUAUGUACAACAAUAUAACAAAAUGAAAAUGUACGAAGUCCAACAUAAUUUCUUCCGAUUGCCAAGUCUAUACACAGAAAGGACGUAACAUCAUAAUAUGUAGAGGUAAAUAUCUAGAAGGAAACUCAGUUAGCCUUUUCCAGAUACAAUUUGGGAGGGGACCAAAUUCUGGUCAAUCUUGUAGAGUUCUGAGGCUUCAUGUACUAAAGGUGCGUACGCACAAAAACACUGCGUACAUAUUUUCACGCUCACGGUCAGAUGUACUAAAUUUGACUUGAACAUGAGAAAGUGUGUUCCCCCACGGCACUUUCGUUUCGGGCGUACGCCUUUUUUUUUUUGUACGUAUGUAUUGUGUUUUUGUCAUUUGGCGACACUUAGAGGCGAUGCAUUGAAAUUACAACUAUUAACAUAUCCUUUAUGCACUCAUUGUAGUAAGCACUAUUGGGUAAAAUAAAGUAAAUUAAUCAGACAAUUUCAUUGGAUUACUGAAAUAAUCAUUUAACAUGUUUCCACUUAGCCUAGAUUAUAUAAACAUGCAUAAAAUGUUGCGCUGGAGUUGUUAGAGAUGCAGCGUUGGCAUUAUUGGAAAAUAUUGAUAAUGGCCAAAUUUACUGAGAGCACAUUUUCCGUGACCAUUAUGAUUUUUUUGGCCCAUGAUGAUGACUGGCUUAUAAGCCGUUUCAGAUUUCCAAGAGCAUAGGAGGAUAAGAAAACAAGCUGAAUGCAUCACGUGUAGCUUCUUGGUAAGCAAUUCAUUUAAAGCAUUUAAAUGAAAGCAUUUAUUAUCCAUCCUAAAAUAAUACAUUUAAAACAUGGGUAAUUAUUAGUUAUUGUGCUACUUUUUUGUGCGUACGGAACUUUUCAGUUCUGAGCGUACGGAACAUUUUAGUAGGAAGUUCACGCAAGUCUUAGUACAUGAGGCCCGUGGUGCAGCUCAUAGGUUAGUUUUUCCAAAGGUAACCAUUUGUCAUUCUGCUUUAACUGCAUCUUUUUGGAAGGAAUGUCCAUGUUUUUGACCAUAAUAAUAGAAUACACUUUCUGGCGAAAUCAAAUAAAAUAUGUGAAAAACAUGUAGAACCAUGCCCAUUUCACGUUUGAAUUAUUAAGGAAUAUCAUGUACAGUCGAACUGGGGUAAGAUACAUCUUAUGGAAGACUAAUUGAAGUACAUUUAGGAAAGAACAAAUAUCUGACCAGACUUUAUCUUCAAACGUCAAUCCCAGGUCUUUCUCCCAAGUAAAUUUCAGAGUAUAAUAAUAAGAAGAGUCCAUGUUGGAUAGAGUAGUGUAAAGAUUCUGUUUUCUGAACUAUUCAAAGUAAUCUGUUUCUAUACUUCAUUAGGUUAAAUAUGUAUGAUUAGAAAGAAAUGUAUAAAACUCAGUAUUCUACACAUAUAUUUUUGUACUGUAUAUAAUUUGCCAUCAGCUCCAGGACUCCUUGCAGAAUAGCACAGACUGCCAGACUGAUUGUAGCAGGUGUUAAUCUCUUAAAGACAUUAAAACAGCACUGAGUAAAAGACAGUUCAGAAGCAUUCAAAAUCAUGGACAUAGUUCAAAUCAUGAACCCUCAUGGCAUUUUCUCAUAGUGUUUCCACUUACGGCUCAUGUAAUAAUUGAAGUAAACUCAAUUUAUGACUGAAACUAAGUAUUUAAAUCCUUCUAAAGCUCUGAAAGCCAUGGUCCCUUUACAUUUAACCCCUUCUAUCCACGCUUACUGGGUAAUAUUAACCACUGGAAAGUCGCAAAGAGGUCUUGCAGUGAGGUGUGCUCUCACUUUUGUUAACAGAUAUAUAGACAUUAAUGUUGUGAGCACAACAGCAUUCACAGAGCACAGUGAAUCUAUAAAAGCCAGACACUGACUACUCUAAAUUGCUGCCUUUUGUUGUAGAUAAACAUGCGAAAAAUGUAACUAGCGGAAUGAAAUCUUCUACCAGAAUAAUAAACUGGUGAGUCAGUAACUGAUUAAAUGAAAGCUUCUAUCAGUAAAAUGAACUAAUGUCUGUAAUUGGCUGAAUAUUAGCUUUAACCAGAAAUAAAAAUACUGGUGUGUGUCAGUAACUGAGGAGAACUUCUUUAUACAUAAUACUUUGCAAUUGAUGACCUGAACAUUGUUCACAAAGGACAAUCUGUGUUUAAAGUUAAAACUAUACAAUUAAACAUUUAAAUCUGCAUAAAAUUCCACUUUGCUUCUUUUACAUUAUUUUACUUGACAUUUUAAAUAUCCCUCAUUAAAAGUUGUAAUUAUUAAAUAUUUCCUUCAGCUAAAAUCCACUUUUUCUUGUUCUUUGUGAAAUACAGUAGGUCUCUUUGAGUUGUAUAUGAUGCUGCACAUGAAACUUCCUCAACUUCCAUUUUCUGCUAGUAAAAGGAAACAUUUAGAAAAAUGAGUCGAUCAGGAAAAGCACCGUGUCUGCAUCAACCCAUAAAUUAAUAUUUAAGGUCUCACCCACCUUGGCUAAGAAACAAAUGGUUAGAAUUUGUCUAUGUAACACUACCAACGAAGUAAAAUUUAGAUACAGUGGUGUGAAAAAGUAUUUACCCCUUUACAGAUUUCUUUUUAUUUUUCAUUUUUGUCAUACUUACAUUUUUCAGAUUAUCAAACAAACUUUAAUAUCCGUCAAAUAUUUCCUGAGUAAAUAUAAAAAGCACUUUUUUACAUGAUGAUUUCAUUCAUUAAGAGAAAAAAACUAUCCAAACCAGUCUGGCCCUAUGUAAACAAAAGUGUUUACCCCCCAUAACUUACUGAAUCAACAACAUCAACAACAUGAAGCAGAUAAAAGAUUUAAAAAAUCAACACAUACUCCCCCAAUCUGAAGAAACUUAAAUACAAAUAAGAAAACGAAGUCACUAAUCAUCUAUCAGUCUGGAACAGGUUACAAAGUAACUUCUAAAGCUUUAAGACUCCAGUGAACCACUAUGAUUCACUAUUAUUCACUAAUGGAGAAAACAUGGUACAUUUGUGAACCUUCCCAGUAGAAACCAACCGACCAAAAUUACUCCAAAAGGACAUGAACAACUCAUCCAGGAGGUCCCAAAACAACCAAGAACAACAUUUAAAGAACUGCAGGUCUCACUUCCCUCAGUUAAGGUCAGUGUCAACGAUUCAAUAAUAAGAAAGAGAAUGUUCAAAAAUGGUCUCCAUAGGAGAAUUUCAAGGCUAAAAACACUUCGUAAUAAAAACAACAUGGAGAAUAUCCGGUCAUCUGUUCAUGACCUCAAGCUCAGAUGUACUUAGGUUCUGCAGCAGGACAAUGAUUCAAAGCACACAAACAAGUCCACCUCUGAAUGGCUUAAAAAAAUAAUAACAAUGGUUUUGGAGUGGCCUAGUCAAAGUCUGAUUAAGAUGCUGUGGAUGAUAUUAAACAGGAGAUUCAGGCUGGAAAACCCUCCAAUAUGGCUGAAUUAAAACAAUUCUGUUAAGAAGAGUGAAACAAAAUUUCUCCACAAAAAUGUGAAGGACUCACUGCCAGUUAUCAGUAAAGCAUGAAUGCAGUUGUUGCCACUAAGGGUGACAAAACCAAGUCAUUAGUUUUAGGGGGCAAACACAGACAGGGCUAGAUUGGUUUGAAUUACUAUUUUUCCUUUAAUAAAAUUAUCAUUUAAAAAGUGCUUUUUAUAUUUAGUCAUAUUAUAUUUGUCUGAUUUAAAGUUUGUUUGACAUUCAGAAACAAAAGAAAUAUGUAAGGGGCAAUGUUCACUUUUUUUUUUUUUUUUUUUUUUU